GAUAAUUGCCCUUGUAUGAGAGAGAUGUCGACUUCCUCGAAUUUGGGAUUUCCAAAAGCACAGGAAACAACUUUAGUACAUCAUUUACUUUUUCGUCCGUCGUUUCCAGGUGAAAUGAGGCUCAGCAUUCGACUUGCUUACCUUUUCCUGUAUAACCUGCUUCAGUUCUGUGGGCACACAUGGAUAUUUGCAAACAUGACAGCCAGGUUUCUCACAUUUGGUGGAGACGCGCUUGCUGACACCUUCUAUGCUGUGGGGGUUGUGAUGAGUCUAUGCCAGCUGUUGUCCGUGCUGGAGCUCUUCCACAUCGCUGAUGGGAUCGAGAAGGCACGCCUUCUGCCACGGUUUGUUCAAGUUAUGACCAGAAACUUCCUACUGUUUAUGGUGAUAGUCAGUCAAGAGGAGAUCCAGAGUAAACCGGUUGUGUCUGCACAGUUUUACCUUUGGAAUAUUCUAGAUCUGUUAAGGUACCCCCAUGUUCUCCUGUGUUUGAUGGGCACGGAUUCCUUUGGCAUGCUGUGGGCUCGAUACACCCUAUCCAUCCCCAUCUACAUAGUCUCAGUCAUCACAGAAGGCAUUACCAUUCACCAAUCACUGCCUUACUUUGAGUCAUUGGGAACAUACUCAUUCCAGCUCAGCCUGCCGGUGUCUGCAGGCAUUUACUUCCCUAUCCUCCUGAAGGCAUACUUACCUUUACUGGCUGUUGGGGCUUGUGUAACAGUGUGGCAUUCGGUGAGGGCGAGAGAACUGCGUCUUGACAAGUGGAAUAAGAAGAUUAAAAGGAAAUGAGGUGGAUUUCUUAUUGCAGGAUAUAUCACUUCAGGAGUUACUUAAGAAGACAUGAAGACAUUAUGACCCAACAGCAAAUGAGAACAUCUUCCUGAGAAGCCUUCUUUGCACAACAUCGCUUUGAUGAGGUCACACUUUCGGGAAUAGUUGGAUAAGCAAAAUGUUUAUAAACGUGUUCAGUUGAGAAA